GCCUUCGCCCGACACCGCUCCGACCGCGUUCCGCUCAGUCGCAAACCAGCUGCGAAGGUGAUGGGUGCACGUAGUGCGUGCGGCGCGAGUGUUGGCGGUGUGUGGCGGCGGUGAACGGCCCAAAUGCCGGUUACAUGUUCAUGUUCCGGAGCAGACGGGCCACAUUGACCAAACGGCUGUUGAAGGCGCGCAGGCGGCGCGGCGGCGAUGACGACGGCGUGGCGCGCCUGCUGAGGGAGCUCCAGGACAACCAGCUGGGGAUGCUGUGGGCCGCCGUCGAGAGCCGCGGCAGGGACAUGUCCAGCUGCGUGCUGCUGCCCAAGGAGCGGCAGGCGCACGUGCUGUGCUGUCAGACGUGGCGGUGGCCGGAGCUGGUGCACGGGGCCGACCUGAGGCGGCUGCCGGGGUGUCGCUCGGCCGGGGACCCGGUCUACGUCUGCUGCAAUCCGUACCACUGGAGCCGAGUUUAUCAACCGGAUACUCCACCCCCUCCGUAUUGUCCGAUGGACAAGAAACCAGAAGAUCGAGCGCCAAGCGAGGAGGCUCCGCUCCGCCACCAGUUUCCUGGGUCUUUGACGACCAACGGAGAUGAUUCCUUUCGAAACCCUUCGGAAUGGUGUAGACUGGCUUACUGGGAGUUGGCCCAACGGGUGGGCCCACUCUACCCUGUAGAAGCUCCGGCUGUGAAUGUUUUCGGUGACGUACCCUAUUGCGAUGGUCUAUCGCUAGAGACCUUAAGUCAACACAACUGCAAUGCUCCAGAGUCAGUGCGACAUGGACGGUGUAAAAUCGGUUUAGGUGUUACGCUGUCUCACGAGGGCGGCUCCGUGUGGGUGUACAACCGCUCGGACAACCCCAUCUUCGUAAAUUCCCUAACUCUGGACUCUGCCGAUUCUCCCUUACCUACUCGAGUACCUGCCGAGCAAUGCCUGUGCGUGUAUGACCCAAAGAAGGCGGCUCAUCGAACCUGCGGCUGGGAUUUCACGACCCCCUUCGGCCCCGUCGAUCCGAACUCCAUACGGAUCAGCUUCGCCAAGGGCUGGGGUCCGUGCUACAAGCGCCAGGAGAUCACCUCCUGCCCCUGUUGGCUGGAAAUACUUUUGGCACCGUGCAGGUGAUCGAGAGACCCCUCGAUCGCCCCGACGUGUUGUACAAAUGUGGAACUAAAUUGUGAUCCAGUCGACUUCCGUUGUCGUCGCUACCUUGAGAAGGCUGAAUUUUUAAUACAGGAGCGGUGCUGUGGUGUUUCCGUCCUACUCUUCUUCUUUUUUCGAAACACAAAAAAUUCCUGCCUUAGCGAAAGAUGAUGGCGUGCAAGCCUGGCCACAGGGUAAAAUGGAAGCCAACGUGUGCGGUUAUAUGUAUAUCUGAACUACCUAUGGACUUUAACAAAUUUACACGAAACGAAGGAUCCAUAUUGAAGAUAUUUUUUAUACGGUUUUCUGUUUGUUAAUUAUUUUUGUUUUUUUAUGCCAUUGCGACUUUCGGAAGAAUUCGAGAUUCUAACUGGCUGUCGCAAACAAGUGUCUGUCAAAGAUGCGUCAUAUAGUACAUAUAAAGAUUUUGUGGACUUACCUUUGCCGACGAUACGAAAAGCUUCUUUUAAAUUGUCUUCAGUUAGAACAGAGUUGUGGAGUUGAAGGUGAACGGACUUUAGAGACUUGAAUUCUUUUGACAGUUAAUGCAAAAAACAGAGCGUUUAAGUGCUAUAGAGGCUUUAAUAUUGAGAGGGGUGACUUUAAUGUUUGCGUACUCUCAGUGUUAAGAGCGUUAUAGACCGAGAAAGUUGUAUUAAAGUCGAGGAACUUGUGAGAGUAGAAGUACUGAUGUGACGUAAUUUAGAUAUUUAUCAGAAAAGGCCUUAUAUACAUCGUCGCAACGAUGAACAUUAUUAAGGUUUAAAAUUUAAUUUGAGGCUUGCGAAUCUUGGGAGGUUUAGGGCCUCAAGUAGUGGGGGACCAUCCGUAAACUUUAAUGAUUUCAGGUUAUUUAAUAAUAAAUAAUUAAAAGCAUUUUUAUUUUUGUAUAUGGUCGAGUGUUUUCCAGUCCAUUUGUUUGAUUAAUUUCUGUGUAAACAGUUCAUCCUUUGCUUUCCUGUACUUAUUUUAUUGAUUGUGAACGCAAUUGGUAAUAAUUGGUAUUCUGCAUUUUGUCCCGCCCUUUUCAAUAUGUAUAUUUUGUAUUAACCAGAAAGGGUCUUCAUUAUUUGAUCGAUUGUCUUUAUGGAAAUCUUACUAGUCAUUUAAAAUACGGAAUUCCGCGCGCCUAGAGUGUAGGUCAUGCCUGUUCAUAAUGUAAAAUAUGUUCAAAAUUGUAAAGUAAUAUGUAUAUGUUCAGAAUUUAUAUAAAGUGUUUAAAAAUUUGUAAAUGAUAGCAGUGCCUUCAUAGCAAUCAUAUUAUGAAAUCUACAUAAGUACUGUACUUUCUGCGUUAUGUAGGAAAUAUUCAUUGGUUUUAUUUAUUUAUUAAAUUUUUAAAUUAUACAUUUUUGUAUAUCAAAAUAAAUUUAUUUAUAAAACCAUUAAA